AUGGAACAAUGCAAUUUCAACGGGGGCAUCAGCAGCAGCAAGGUGACGGUGCUGGGUUAUGGCCUGCUCACCACUGACGCACGCCCCUUAGUGGAGGCUCUGAGCAGGCAACGAUUUAAUGUGAUCGUGGUCGACGAGUCUCAUUACCUCAAAUCUAGGAACGCAGCAAGGACCAAGAUCCUGGUCCCUCUCAUUCAGAGUGCAAAGCGGGCCAUCCUUCUCACCGGUACCCCUGCUCUGGGUCGACCCGAAGAGCUUUUUAUGCAGAUUGAUGCCCUCUAUCCCAGGAGGUUUGGAACGUGGACAGACUACGCCAAGAAAUACUGCAACGCCCAUUACAGGUAUUUUGGGCCUCGCAGACAGUGGGACUGUCGCGGGGCGUCCAACCUGACGGAGCUGCACCAGCGGCUGAGCCAGAUCAUGAUCCGUCGCCUCAAAGCCGAAGUCCUGAGUCAGCUGCCUCCUAAAAUUCGUCAGCGGAUCCCCUUCGACUUGCCCAAGGAGGCCUCCAAGGAGGCCUCGGCCAGUUUCGCGGAGUGGGAGAAGCUGAUGAAGGGACUGGGGUCAGGGGUCGCCGCUACAGAAAACCCCUUCACAGAGGUUAUGAGCCUGGUGACACAGAUGUACAAACAAACAGCUAUUGCCAAGGCGGGAGCGGUGAAGGACUACAUCAAGAUGAUGCUGGAGGCAGAGCAGCUGAAGUUCUUGGUGUUCGCCCACCACCUCACCAUGCUGCAAGCCUGCACUGAAGCCGCCAUCGAGGCCAAGGCGGGUUACAUCCGAAUCGAUGGCAGUGUGCCCUCAUCGGAACGAAUCAAGUUAGUCCACAAAUUCCAGAACGAUCCGGACACCAGAGUGGCCAUCCUCAGCAUCCAAGCAGCCGGACAGGGUUUGACCUUCACUGCUGCCAGCCAUGUGGUGUUUGCUGAGCUCUACUGGAACCCCGGACACAUGAAGCAGGCGGAAGACCGCGCUCACCGCAUCGGGCAGACAUCCUCUGUCAACGUGCACUACCUCAUUGCCAAGGGCACCUUUGACAACGUCAUGUGGUCCAUGCUCAACAGGAAGGAAACAGUUACCGGUAGCACCCUGAACGGCAGGAAGGAAUACCUGAAGGCUGAUGAGGGUGACAAGGACAAGUGGGAGUUCCUCAGCUUUGCCAAUGCUUGGACUCCAAGUGAGAUGACGCUACCGCUGGAGGGAAACACAGUAAAUGUCAGAGAUGACAUUUUCUUCACCCAUUUUGAGAAAGAGAAGCAACACGACAUCCGCUCGUUCUUCUCGCCAAGUGCCAGCAAGGAGAAGAAGAGGAAGAGAACAGGCGACGAGGAGCCGAUGGAGCCAGCUGAACCGGCUGGUAACGGGGCCGACUCUGAAAGCCCGCCCUCUGAAAAAGUCGACCAGGAUUUUUCACCUCAGCUGAAGAAGCUUCGGACACCCAAGUCCAGCCCGUGCGCCGGGCCUCGAUUCGCUGGGAAACGUAGGUCCACCCUUAGACUGAGCAGCCCAGGAAGUCUGAGCCCAUUCGUCCCCACAAAGCUUCCACAACCGGAUCCUCCGUCGACCUGGAGCUGCGGGGCCUGCACCUACUCCAACAGCGGCCUGCUGCCUUACUGCGAGAUGUGCGAGUUCCCACGCUCAUCUUCUGCGGUCAAACCAGGAUCCCCAAGGCCUCCUCAAGCCCAAACUGGUCAAGAGUCCACAGUCCUCUCCGGCUCUGAGAAUGAGCGUGAGCCUCUGGAAGACAAACACAAGCUGGAAGAAGCACAAGAAAAGGAUAAGCUUCGGCUCAAAUGCAAACAACCAGCAAGGGAGGGAGGUGACAACAUGGCUGCCAGUGGCGGCUGCCUCUCCCCUGACCACACACAGGACUACGGAGCUGAGCCGUGUUCAUCUUCUGCUCUCCAUGCUAAUGGGGGUGAUGAGGGCAAAGAUGAAGCUGACGCCACCGCCUCCCGGCUCGUCUACCCGGCCCUGCAGUUCUGCGCCAGCCAGUACACAGACCGCAUAUAUCUCUACUCCAAGGACGGAGUUCCAUUGAACCUGAGCUUCAUCCCUCUGGACAUCAAGCUAACCAACUGGGACGACCUGCCCGAGGCCUUCAGCCGACACCAGGAAAAUCGAAUACAGGUGCUGAGAUUUGUUCAGGAUUGGAGCAGCCUGCCGGCCAUGAAGCAGAAGCUGCUCCGACGCAGCGGCGUCCUCUUCCACAGUCCUACCCUGGGCCUGCAGCAGCUGGCUGCCAACCAGCGCCCUCAUUCCAGCACCAAGAGGUACCUGAGCAGAGACGAGGUUGCAGAGGCUUCCCUGAGCAAGGCCCAGGAGGGAGGAGGCAGCGUCCGGGUGGUCACCAAGGAAAACUUCUUCACAAAGAGGAGGUCUGGUUCUUCACUGACGCCGCCUGCCGCAGAGAGACAGAACGAGCAACCCGAAAAGACGGAGGAAGAGCAGCCUUCAGAGCCCGGCUAUCUUCAGGCUCUGGACAGUCAGGGUGUCCCUCUGUGUCUAUCCUGCCAGCAAGCCUGUCCUACAGCGGGUGGAGCUUGGGAUACACGGUUCUGCAGCCACAGAUGCCAGGAGGAAUUCCAGUUGCGGUCCAGCCAGACAUACAUGCGUUCCCGUGUGCUGGAGGCAGAGCAAGGCAUUUGUCAACACUGCGGCCUCCGUGCUCACGAACUGUUCCUAAAGGUCCGUGAUGCCCCCCCCUCCAAGCGGAAAGAGAUGCUUGAGAACACAUGGCUGGCCCAGCUGCCACUUAAACAGCUGAACGAGAUGAUCCGAGCUCCGGUGGAGGGAGAUUUCUGGCAGGUGGACCACAUCCGGCCAGUCUACAGAGGAGGAGGACAGUGCUCUUUGGACAACCUGCAGACGCUCUGCACUGCCUGCCACAAAACCCGGACGGCUCAGCAAGCCAAAGACCGCAGCCAGAUGAGGAAGAGUGCAACAGCCUCCAAGGUUGCGUCAGACAUCAGCAGGUUCUUCAUCAGGAAAUAAAAACACUCAGUUAAGCUAAAUUCCUCAAACCGAAGCAACUGGAUUAGGUUAUACAGACAUGGAAACAACUAUCCGCUGAAAUUUUUUUCUGGUUUUUAUAUGAUAGAUCAAUAAAAAGUGUUUGGUAACUGUGAA